UGAGUAAGGAUGAUUAGCACGGGUUUUAACGUAGUAGUCGGCGAAUCUAUAGCCAAACCGUUUGUCAAAUUUCUUAAGAAUCUUGCGGAGACUAAUGGCGUUCAACUCAACGAGUACCAGAAGCUGUAGAAGAUCUCGUCCAACAUCUCUGUAUGAUUCUCGGAGCUGAACAAUUUUGAUAUGUCAGGCUAUGCAAGUACCGCAUCAUGUGUUUCCCUCAAUGUGGCUAGUCGCCCUGCAAGCAACCCUUGUUGUUCCAACAUGAAAAAGACAGUUUUCUCAAUCUGCAAGAAGAUGAAUCAGUUUCACUAUUUAAUCAUUAAUAUGGUAAACAUAAACAAUGAUAAACACAGGACUGUGUUUACUUGUAUGAAGCUACAUUUAACCUUACAGAGAUGCACAAGAUAACUAUUGACACAAAAUUUCUUCUUCAUCAUUUGUAAUUGAUGUAACAAUAACAUACUUGAGUAUCAAGCAUCCUCGAGAAAUCUUUCAGAACAUGGCGAGGAUGUUGAGAACAACCGCGUAUCUGUUCACCAUAUUGCUUCACUUUCUUCUUCAUCAUUUUGUAAUUGAUGUAAUAGCUACAAAAAUUUGCAUUUGAUUCAAGUUUGAAACACUUUUACGGUUAAAAUCAAGUUUUGAGUCAUAUUUGACAAAUUCUCUAUAAUCUUAAGUUAUAUAUAAUCUUACUAAAAUAUAUUUACAUAUCUAAGACAACAACCAACCUAAAUGAAAAUAAGAAAAUUAAUCAAAAUUUUAAUGUGUUUAGAAUAAAAAAUAUUAUAGUUGAAUUUAGAGAAAUAGAUGUAAUCUAAUAUAUCCAAAUGAUAAUUAAAUAAAUUAUAAAAACAACAAAACCGACUAGAUAUAACAUAUAUAAAAUCAUAUGUCUACAUAAUGUAAUAUAAAAUUAUUAAUAUAAAUUAUGCAUACAAAUUAUAAAGUAACUUAAAAUUAAAAGAAAAUAUCAAUCAAUUAUUAUAAUAUAUUUUUUUAAUAAAUAUUUAUAAUCUUUGUAUGAGCACGGAAAAGUCACCUAGUAAAUAUUUUAAAAGAAGUGGAACAUGAUAAAACAGAAUCAUUUUUUAUUGUUUUCUAUUUAGUAGUAGAAUAGAGAUGGUUGAAUAAUUUAUUACCUCUUUUUACGUAAUUAAGAGUACCCAAAAAAAAAGAUGUUGAAAAUAUAUAUAUAUAUAUAUUUUGGAACACGUUAAAAAUAUAUUUAAUGGAGAUUAAUUAAAUUACCCAUUAUAUAAAUGUUGAGAGUAACCAAGCGACUUGUUAAUCCAAACGACAUUCAACCUGUUCAUCUUCUUCGCCCGCCAAAUGAAUCCAACCUCGGCAAUGGCUGAAUUUCACAAGCGGGAGACUAACUGCGUGUACGUAGAGACCAGCCUAGACACUCAUCUCCUGGUUCUCCUUCACGACCGUGAAACCAUCUCCGAUUUCAAAGUGAAACUAUGCAAGGAGCAUCAUCAGUGUUUUCCCAAACUUGGAGAAAUUGAUAUAUCUGCGGUUAAGGUUAAUCGUGAGAAUACAUCGGGUCUCCUUUUUGAUUAUCACUUGCCAGAUUCUAUGCUCAUGAGUAUGGUUUUCAACGGCAUCGGUCGUAAUUGUUGGUUUGUGUUUGUUGAUGCUGCCGUCAAAGUUGAAAAUUGUUUAAACCAUGAGUUGCUUGAGAAAGACAAGAAUGAUUUGGAAGGUGGAUUAGUUAGGAAGACAAGAAAGAAGAAGAAGAGGGAACUGGAACUUUCCGGUGGAGAAAAGAGUGGGAAAAAACCAAAGGUUGAUGAUAUUAAUCAUCAAUCUUCUGCUGCUGCUUCAGAAUUUGAUGUUGAUGGGAGUCACGAGUUAAGUGGAAAUGUUGAGGUUGAAGUUGUCGCUGCUACUGAAACUGAAUCUUCACCGACAAAAAAACUAGAUGAUGAUACUCUUCCGGAAACAACAGCAAGUAAAGAAACUGAGAUGGGUGAGAAAUCUGUGGAAGAAGACGUUGAAACCCAUAAUCUGGUUAGCCACCAGGCAAAUCAUUUGGCAACCAUAUCAGAUACAGAGAAGAAGAGAUCAGAAGAUGACAUCAAUCAGUCUUCAAAUGUAGAUAGUGCUGCUGCUGCUGCUGCUGCUGAAUCUCUUCCAGCCUCUGGAGCACAAAAUCAUGGCAACCCUUUUCCUGAAGCAACUCAGAAAGAAAAUCAUUUGGACACUAACAGUGGGCUAACAGCCAGACCAGAUACAGAAAAGAAGAGAUCAGAAGAUGAAGCAAAUCGAUCCUCUGCUACUACUGCUAUUACAACUUCAAGAGAUAUUGUGAAUGAGAUAGGUAAAGUUCCUGAAAAUGUACCUGAAUCUCUUCCAAUCUCUAGAGGAGAAAAUCUUGAUGAUUCUUUUGCAGAAGCAACUCAGAAAGAAAAUGAGCUGGGAAGAGAUCAAAUUGAAACUGACAAUCUAGUGAGCCACACAGCAAAUCAUUUGGACACUGUCAGUGAGGUUACCACCAGACCAGAUACAGAGAAGAAGAAAAAAAGAAGAAAGAAGAGAUCAAAAGAUGCAAUCAGUCAGUCUUUUUCUUCUGCUUCAAGAGAUAUUGUGAAUGAGAUUAAAGGAGUUCAUGUCGAUUCUGUUGAUGCUACUCCUGAAUCUCUUCCAGUCGAAAAUCUAGGCAUUCCUUCUUCUACAGAAGCAAGUCAGAAAGAAACUGAGACGAUUCAUGACACUGUGGGAUGUGGAAAAGCUAUACCAAGUGCUGCAGAUAAUAUCCAGACCAGUAAUGUUGAAGCAGAUGCCGAUGAGGCUAAAUUAGUGAAGUCUACUAAGAAAACAAAAUCAGCUGAAGAAGAUACUCUGGUCGUUUACUCUGAUGCACACAAUGUUGAGCCUGUCAAAGCUGUGGAAGGAGAAGAGCCUACUGAUAAUAUUAUCACAACUGUAUCAGUUUCUUUGCAGGAAAAGAAUGCUUCUCUGGAGGUUGCAGACUCCCAAGAAUUGUCAGUUGAGGAAAACAAUGCUGCUUUGGAGGUUGCAGACUCCCAAGAAUUGUCAGUUGAGGAAAACAAUGCUGCUCUGGAGGUUGCAGACUCCCAAGAAUUGUCAGUUGAGGUAAACAAUGCUGCUCUGGAGGAGACCCCUCUCAUGAACAACCCACAAGAUACUGAGAGAGAUGCUUCACUUUUGAGAAAGUGCUCUGAUGAUGCUGCUGAUAAGAGCCUUUCCAACAAAAGUCUAAAAGAGAAGGCUGAUGAUAUGGGAGACAAUUUUGGUUGCACCCAAAAUCAAGAGAAACCAGAUCAAGUGGCUGGUGGAGCUAAAUCUAAAAAGGAGAAGAAGGGGCUUUAUCUUCAUCCAAACGGUUCCUCUAAUGGCUCAAUGAAACCAAAAGAGAAAAAAAGUAGAGCUCCACAACCAGCUAGUUCAAGUACAGAUCAUUUGCAGUCAAGGGUUCCAAAUGAUGGCAGUGAUGUGACUUUUAUGUAUAGGAAGCUAAGGAAACAAUCUGGACGGAGGAACAAAUAAGUUUGCAGGGAGCGUACAAGAUAUCCUGAGAAGAUCAAGCAGUUACAAGAAGGCUUUAAGUAGAGCUCAGUCACAACCUGAUAUAGAUGAUGACUCUCCCCUAGAUUGAAUUCCUUCUUACCUAUUAUCAUUGUCUGGUUUAGUGCUGACUAAAAACCCGGUAAUGAUGUUUAAAAGUCACCACAAGGGUCCACAACAUUAGCUAGAUGUUAUGUCUUAUAUUUUUUCUUCAGUGCCUCUUUUUCAAGUGGUUUCAAUAAUUCUUUGUUUCACUUUGUAAAUGGAUCAUAUCAUGUCUCACCACUCUUCCUUGCUUGCUUGGUUUCAAAGCCAAUACAAGUUUAUCUUCUA